AUUUUGUGGCUGUCAGCCAUGUUAGCUGUGUCGUCUGAUACAACAGCCAGGAAAUGAAUCGUGCUGUAGUGACCAAGGAAGCACAACUGAUUGGGAACGUGCUAUGGUGAACGUUAUGCUGCUUGUGAUCCAAUUGAGCACCUAUAGGACGUGUAUCCAACGCUGCCAAGUACUGCAACAGACUGUCCUGGACACCAUCUGCUGACUCAUCAGUUCUAGAUUAACAACAGGUCAAGUCACAAUGGAAACAAGGAAGAGGUGAGGAUGGAUUUUGUGCGGACAUACCUGGGUCUGUGUAAGGAGGGAGGUGUGGAGCCCCAGGAGGGUGUUGUGGCUCAGAUCCAGGAGAGCAGGGCUGCUCACAGCUCCAGACUGGACCUGAGUGGACAGAGCCUGUCUUUGGAUACAUGCUCUAUGCUGGCCAGGGCCUUCCAAAAAGAUAUCACCUUGACAAAUGUGUCGCUAAGUGACUGCAUGCUCAGCGAGGAAGGUGCAAAAGUACUCCUGACUGGACUGUGUGGCAACACAACUGUGAAAAUCCUGGAUUUGAAGGGAAAUAAUCUUAAAUCGGCAGGGGUGGAGGUGUUGGGAACAUUGUUGGCAUGCAACAAGACCCUGCACAGGCUUGCCUUGGAGUGGAAUGCGUUGGGGGUGUGGGAUGAGGCCUUCUCACCCUUUUGUCAGGGUUUGGCCUCCAACAGUGUGCUGACGCAGCUGGACCUGCGGAACAAUCAGAUCAACCACCACGGAGCAUCUGAGCUUGCUCUGGCACUCAAACACAACACCACGCUGGAAGUGUUAGACCUGAGAUGGAACAACAUUGGUCUUCUGGGUGGCAGGAUAUUGCUAGAGGCUUUGCAAAAAAACAAGAGCAUCGUGCAGCUGGAGCUGGCAGGGAACAAUAUUCCCAGUGACACACUCAAAGCACUCGAGCAGACCAUAGGGCACAACUUAGACAGACAGUCCACCCUGCGAGAGAACCACAGGAAGACCCAGGUCCUCAGCAAAGAGAUCCAGACACUGAAGGACAAGAGGAGCCACCAAGUAACAUUCACUCUUUAAUUUGAGUAGUUUGGUCCAGUAGAAUCUGGCUUAUGUUCACAUAAACCUUUUAAUGAACCAGGGAAACAUGAAAUGGCAUGGGCUUACAAUGGCUAUUUCAUUGGACUGUUUUGAAGAGGUCAUCCUGUAUCAUCAGCAUGGACUCCCCUAAAUUCCAUGAACAUGUAACUCU